AUGAAGGAACCUGCUGAUGCCCCGCGGCCUCAGGAGGAGGAGGAAGAGGAGGUGGAUCCCCGCAUCCAGGGGGAGCUGGAAAAACUAAAUCAAUCUACUGAUGAUAUCAAUCGCAGAGAGACGGAGCUGGAGGAUGCACGCCAGAAGUUCCGCUCCGUGCUGGUUGAAGCAACAGUAAAACUGGAUGAACUGGUAAAGAAGAUCGGAAAAGCUGUAGAAGACUCUAAACCUUACUGGGAAGCUCGAAGGGUGGCCAGACAGGCACAGCUGGAAGCUCAGAGGGCAACUCAGGAUUUUCAGAGGGCGACCGAAGUGCUGCGUGCUGCAAAAGAGACCAUUUCUCUUGCUGAGCAGAGGCUACUGGAAGAUGACAAACGUCAGUUUGAUUCUGCCUGGCAAGAGAUGCUCAACCAUGCUACUCAGAGGGUCAUGGAGGCAGAACAGACCAAAACGAGAAGUGAGCUGGUUCACAAGGAGACUGCAGCCAAAUACAAUGCUGCCAUGGGAAGGAUGAAACAGCUGGAGAAGAAGCUGAAAAGAGCCAUCAAUAAAUCCAAACCUUAUUUUGAACUCAAGGCAAAGUACUAUGUCCAACUAGAGCAACUGAAGAAAACAGUGGAUGACCUGCAGGCAAAACUAGCCCUGGCAAAGGGAGAGUAUAAGACUGCCUUGAAAAACCUGGAGAUGAUCUCAGAUGAGAUUCACGAGCGGAGACGGUCCAUUGCCAUGGGGCCCCGAGGCUGUGGCGUGGGUGCUGAAGGGAGCAACACCUCUGUGGAAGACCUGUCAGCAAGCAAACCAGAGUCGGACACCAUCUCCAUGGCUUCAGAAGCGUUUGAGGAUGAAAACGGCAGCAGCUUUGUAUCUGAAGAAGAUUCAGAAACUCAGUCGGUGUCCAGCUUUAGCUCUGGUCCUACAAGCCCCUGUGAAGUGCCCACUCAGUUUCCUCCCGCGACACGACCUGGAAGGCUGGAUCUGCCCAGCCCUGUAUCCCUCUCCGAGUUUGGGAUGAUCUUCCCUGUCCUUGGCCCCCGAAGUGAAUGCAGCGGGGCAUCCUCCCCCGAGUGCGAAGCUGAAAGAGGGGAUAGGGCAGAAGGGGCUGAGAACAAGACGAGCGACAGAGCGAACAAGAAUAGGAACAGCAACAGGAGCAGCUCCAUUGAGGGGCUGGCUUUGGAUGCCCGAAUGAAGCAGCUCUCCCUUCAGUGCAUGAAAAUCAAAGAGGGAAUAUGCGCAGGCAGAAAAGCUGCCCAGAUUGGCUGAGGAGUUCUUGUGCCCUGUCCUGGUUAAUGGGAGUAUAAAUAUUUAUACAUGAACUUCUAAGUGUUUGAAGAACAUUGUGCCAAUAAUAUAUGCCAAAUCUUAAGCGUU